AUGGCUCCCAUCUCCGAAAGCACACAACCAGGUGGGACGCUCGACACGGCCAGCAAAUUUCUCUUCUGGUUUUUCCUCUGCGUGACGGUGGCCAGCGUCACAAUCGCCAUGGUCACUCUGCACCGUGGAAAGAAGCGCGAGCGGGUUCUGGCGAAGAGCGACAUGGAGCAGGUGGUAGUGCAAGUCCCGCCGCCACAGGAGAAGGGCGUGAUGCCGCGAUCGGGCGCGAGCACGGUCGAGUCGUCCAACGGGUUGCCGGACGUCGACGUCCGCUUUCCUGAGGGCGGGGUGCAGGCCUGGCUCGUCGUCCUGGGCUCCUUCUCGGCCAUGUUCUCGGUGUACGGGCUGAUCAACACGGCGGCCGUGUUCGAGUCCUGGUUUUCGACGCACCAGCUGGCCGACUACUCGGCCUCGGCGAUCGGCUGGAUCUUCAGCCUGUAUCUCUUCUUCGUCUUCUUCGUCGGCAUCCAGGUAGGCCCGCUCUUCGACCGAUUUGGGCCGCGCCUGCUGGUGGCCACCGGCAGCCUGCUGAACGUGACCAGCAUCAUGCUGCUGGGCCUGUGCACCAAGUACUACCAGAUCCUGCUGUGCUACUCCGUGCUGGGCGGUCUCGGCGGUGCGCUACUCAACACGCCCGCUUAUGGCUGCAUCGCCCACUUUUUCGACGCGCGGCGCGGCCUGGCCACCGGCAUCGCCUCCCCACGUCGGGCGGUCUUGGCGGCAUCCACCCGCAUCCUCGGCUUCAUCCUGCUGGCCCUCGCCGUGCCUGCGAACUUGUGGCUGCGCACGCGGCUGCCGCUGUCUGGAGACGGUGACGGUGGCGACACGGAUGCCACUGAAGUCGACCUCGCCGUCUCUGAUGCCGCCAGCACUGGUGGUCGUCGUCGUUCUCGUCGUCGUCCCCGCGUCCAGUCAGUCUGGCCCGAUUUCACCAUCUUCCGCGACAAGUGCUAUGCCAUCGCCACCGUCGGGGUCUUCUUCAUGGAGUGGGGCAUCUUCGUGCCCAUCACAUUUAUCAUCUCCUAUGCCAGCGCCCACCACCAGGACGCCACCAAGGCCUACACCCUCCUAUCCGUCCUCAACGCCGGUUCUGUGGUCGGUCGCUUUCUGCCCGGCCUGCUGGCCGACAAGCUGGGCCGCUUCAACGUGAUCAUCGUCACCAUCGCACUCUCAUCCAUCACCGUGUUCGGCAUCUGGAUGCCGACCGGCGACUCUCGCCCGACGCUGCUCGCCUUUUGCGUGCUCUUCGGCUUUGCCAGCGGCAGCAACCUCGGCCUCAUUGCCGUCUGUCUCGGCCAGUUGUGCGAGCCUAGCGAGUACGGUCGCUUCUUCUCGACCGCCAUGAUGGUCGCCAGCUUCGGCACUCUCAGCAGCGUCCCCAUCGGCGGUGCCCUGCUCAGCAGCAGCCUCGGCGAGAAUGGCUGGAGGGCCCUGAUCGCCUUUUCUGGCGGUUCGUACGCUAUUGCUCUGGUUUGUUAUGGUGCUGCGCGCGUCAUGGCUGUCGGCUGGGGCCUGAAGACCGUUUUUUAA